UAAAGUAUGAAUAUGAAGCUUUACGAAUGGUCACGGUCAGGGUAUAAAGAGUUAGUUCUCAUAUACUCUAAAGGAUCCGAAAGUAGCAUUUUGGGUUUGAGGUACAACCAAAAUAGGGUGUUGUUGAGACUUCGCAACCCUUUCUGCGACUCUGGUGCAACGCGUGAGCUUCUGGUGGAGGUCACUGCUAAGAAGGGAAACUCUUGUGAAGGUUUCUACUUUUGGGCAGUCAAAGUUAUCACAGGUAGACUCGAUGACACUCCUAACCAUAAUGGAUUCAAUGAUAUUCUCCAUAACUUUGAGACAGUUUGUGAUAACAAAUAUUGGAGCGAGCUUUGUGGAAAGGAAAGUUGCUUUUAUGAAGUGAUUCGAAAAGUUGGAAACAGAAGUUCUGAGGAGAAGGUGAAUUGGGAGUUUUCUCACUGGUGUUCUGUGAGUGGUGAAACACGUAUACAAUACAGUGUGAUUAUCGAGUGUGACAAAACAAGGGGACUUAAGGCAAAGCUUAAAGGCCCUUUUAAAUGCUUGAAUUUGGAGAAAAAAGUAGAAUCUGAGCCUGCACUCACUCUGCAGAAGAUGAAGAAAGAGCCAGAAGAAGCUGAUGAGAGAAAGUUUGUGGAAAGUAAGAUCGAAGGAAAAGAAUACAUUCUCUUAGCAGGAGGUUCUGACCAACGUGCCACAGUGGUGAAUAAUAUUGUUAACUCCGGUUCUUUUACAGGUGAUGGUAAUGGCUCUAAAUACGAAAAUUGUCAAAUUGAAAUGAAGUCGGACUUUAAGUCAUCAUCACCCAAGCUAGCCCUAGAUUAAGACGUCGAAACAUUUGUGAUUUGCUAUGAAAUUAAUAAGGCAUGGUGGCCACAUGGUUGAUCUAUAACAGUUAAUGGGGGUCUUGUUGUUGUUAGAUUUUAUUGUUAAUUAACAUAAUGUACUUUCUAUUGUUAUUAGUUAUAUAUCUUUACAUUGGGAAAUAAAUCACUUCAUUAAAUUUUAAUUACUUUAUAAAUUUUUGGGUUUUCUA